AUGGUGCUCGUUCCACCCGGUAACAGCUCUUCCUCAUCAGGAGACGCGAAACCUCUUUCUGAUUCUUCACAGCAACCAUCGGAUCCGUGGAAUCGACGCAGCAGUUCGGGUCUCUUUACCGAGUGCGUCCCCAUGCCCAAUUUCCCCACCUUGUUUCCCUACCAAGAUUAUUUUGCCAAAAACAAGACUACGUCGUCAACAGAAGAUCAAGCAAAGAAGGAACUCCAGAAAUGGAGUCAAUCGGCCACCUGGUUGUACGGGAGCUUCGUGGCGCCGUCGUCUUACAAGAGAAGCACGAACGUGGGAGAUGUUGGCAAGAAGGAGGGCCACUUGGAGACAUCGGGGUCCACCGAACUGUGGUAUUAA